UUGCAUUACAUUUCCCUGCAGGUGAAACUCUUCAUGACUAUAGUGUGAAAUUCCUUUGUGAUGGUUGUCUGGAAUUGAACCCCUUAAUGAAGACUGAAUUUAGUUGAGAGGUGAAACUCUUCAAGACUAUAGUGUGAGAUUCCUUUGUGAUGGUUGUUUGGAAUUGAACAAGACAUUUUAAACAGACCACCCUUAAUGAAGACUGAAUUUAGUUGAGAGGUGAAAUUCUUCAUGACUAUAGUUUGAGAUUCCUUUGUGAUGGUUCUUCGGAAUUGAACUAGACAUUUAAACAGACUACCCUUUAUGAUGACUGAAUUUAGUUGAAAGAUGCCUGGCAAAAAGACUUACAAGUGCUUCAUCUGUCCUCGGAGAACAAAACAGACAGACAGAUAUGCUAUUUCGAAGAGUCACAGAUCAGUGGUUACCAGAUUAUCGGGAAGAACACCAAGCGAGGAAGAUUUUCUGUGCAACAAGUGCCGCCAUAUAUGUAAGUCUCAUGUGAAGGGAACUAGGAAAGGAAAAAACAAACUUCAGAGUUCUAGUGUCUAUAAUAAUCUGACAUCUACAUCUCAGCCAUCAUCUUCAACGCCUGCUAGUCCUCCUUCUGUACAGCUGCCAUUUCCCAGCACAUCGAGAGGCCACUCUUCUUGCUGUAUUUGUAAGAGACCUGGACCAAAACUCAUUGUUGUUCCGGUGAACAUUAGGCAUCAGAUAUUCAUUUCUAAGGAAAUCAUUAUCCCUGCUGGAGCUAGAUGUUGUCCUAAUCACUUACAGGGAAACAUAGGGGAUCUUCAACCCAUUUCUGAAACAACAACUGUUAAUAGAACAACAAUAGCUCAACUGGUCAAGUUUCUAAGGUCAGAGAUUCAGAGGCAAGAGAAAACUAGACUUAACUUAAAUAAUGAUGAAAGUCUUAGUGAUGCUGAAUAUGUGAACCUCAUGGGGAUUUCGAAGGACUCAUUUAAAGACUUGUUACAAUACAUCGAAGGAAAAGUUCGGCUCACUCCAGCAAGAUCUCUGAGGACAAGUUUAGCAAUAUUUUUAAUGAAAAUCAGAGGAGGAGAAUCUAAUCGAGUUUUGUCCACACUCUUCAAUGUGUCUAAAUCCUGUGUUAGAAGAUGUAUUAGUUCUGUACGAUCAGCUCUUGGAGGAAGAUUUGUGUCAGAGAAUCUGGGUUUCCAGCACAUCACACGUUCUGAUGUCAUACAGCAUCACACAAGACAGAUUGCCCAAACUCUUUUUGGAAGCAGUCCAGCUGGUAAUCAGGUGAUUUUGGUUUUGGAUGGGACAUAUAUCUAUAUAAACAAGAGUGGAAAUUUUCAUUUCCAACGACAGUCCUUCAGCUUACAUAAGGGACGCCCUUUACUGAAGCCCAUGAUCAUAGUGUCAACAACUGGCCACUUUAUCUCAGUGAUGGGUCCAUAUCUUGCCCGAAACAAUGAUGCCAGUAUCAUCAAACACAUCAUGAAGUCCAACAUUGAGGACAUUCGUAACUGGGUACAAGAGGACGAUAUUUUUAUCGUUGAUCGUGGAUUCCGUGACUCGAUGGAUUAUUUGGAGGAACUUGGUAUCCAAGCCCAUAUGCCUUGUUUCAUGUCCAAAGGAGAAAAGCAGAUGUCCACAGAGAGUGCCAAUACAAGUCGUCUUGUCACGAAGAUCCGUUGGGUUGUUGAAUCUGCCAACUCAAGGAUAAAGCAGUGGAAGUACCUAGGGCAUGUUUUACCAACAAGCCAGAUUCCAUACAUAGGAGAUUUCAUAAAGAUUGUGUGUUCUAUAUGCAAUAGAUAUCUGAAACCCCUCUCCAGUGGAAAUGCUGAUGAAGAAGAAAGUCUUGGAUUGAAGAUGCUUCAUCUCUCCAAGCAGGUCAAUGUCCUACAACAGCAGGUGGAGGAGCAACACUUAGAUCGGCGUUCUGGAUGUUGGGAACCAGUUGAAGAUCUAAGAGGUAUUUAUGGUAUAUGUACUAUGUACUGUUAUAGUAUGCAUUCUAUUCUCCAGUUGUUAUUGAUACAAUAUAUGAAAUUUUGUAUACUUAAAGAAUGAUAAAAAUAUACAUUGUUACAUUUAUCUUAAAUGAAAAUUGUUUGGGAUUUUCAUCCCAAUUAU